GGCGCAGCCUGCUGCAGACCUCUCAGACAGUUGUCAGGGCGGGGCAUGGCCUGGCAUCAGCAUGGGUGGCUGGUCCCUUCCGCGACUGCGUGACGCAGUGCGACGGCCUCUCGUUCCGUAACCGCACGGUCAGUUGCCACUCCAUGAGCGGCGACCUUCUGGACGAGGACGCGUGCGCCGGGAAGGCUCGGCCGUGCGCGUUCCAGCCCUGCGAGUGCGGAGUGUGCGUCCGGGCUCCGUGCGGCGCAGGGUCCCAGCCUCUGCAGAGCGAGGAGCUGGCGUGCGGCGCGGAGAUGCCCGACAUCACGUUCGAGCGCGUUGGUUGCUUCGCCGACCCGGGGGGCGGCGGCGGCUCCGCCGAGGCGACCACCGCCCUGAACACCGAGUGCGUGGGGUGGAACGGCACCGCCCCCUGCCACGGCGGCCUGCCCUUCUUCCGCAUGCGCUCGAAUGCGCUCACGCCGGCGGUGUGCUUCGACUUCUGCCUGACCAGGGGCCUCGACCUCUUCGGCCUCGCGCGCGGGGAGGAGUGCCGCUGCGGCGCUUCCGCCUUGAACGCGCAGCUGUGGGGCGGCGUCGGGCCGCGCGCGGGCCUCGCGCUUCCGGAGCGCCAGCUGUCCUCCGGCGCCGCGUGCCCCCUGAGCGUUUACCGCUUCGCGGGCCCUUUCGUGUCCGGCGGCGUGCCUGUGCAGCUGCUGGCAGCCAACCUGGCAGAGGAGGCGUACCUUGACUCUAUCGUGGCAGGCCGGACGGUCGAUCCCGAGUCCGAGGAGCACCGCGCAGGGGCGCCUGCAGCGGUGCCGCCGCCACCGGCCAGCCUGCUGCAGGUUGGGGCGCCGGGCUACGAGAGGCCCUGUGGCAGCGCCUCCGGGUGCCUGCCCGCGAGGCCGUGGAGCGAGCGGCAGGCCGCGGCGCCGGCAGGCAUGCCCGACGUGUGGAGCGAUUACGUGGUCGUUCGCUACACCUUCGACCCCGAGCAGCAGGUGGACGAUGUGAGGAAGGAGGCUUUCAGGUCCGCGGCGGCGCACUGGCGCGACCGCACGUGCAUCGCCGUCGUGGAGGCGAGCAGCCCCGAGACCCCGUACAUCAAGGUUGGCGUGUACGACACGGGGAGUUGCUAUGCCACCCUUGGGCGGCCUUACUCGUCGGGGGUGAUCAACCUUGGCUGGUGCAACUCCAUGCGUCAGAGGGGGAACAUGAUCCACGAGCUCGGCCACUCCCUGGGCAUGAACCACGAGCAGAAGCGCCCCGACGCUGGAGAGAGCUACUACGGACAGGGACCUUACCUCAGGAUCUUCUGGGAGAACCUUGGUAGCUGGGCUUCCCAGUACACGCCCGUAGAAAGCAGCUACACGGGCUCAGCAGACGAUGGAGCGGGCGACCCGCAGGUAGGCUACGCCGCCUACGACUACGGCAGCAUCAUGCACUACGGCUACAACCCGCAGAACUUCGAGCCGACCACCGAGGAGGGCCGCGUCGCGAACAUCGGCCAGAGGGCUGCGCUGUCCGAUGGGGAUAUCCUGCAGAUGCUGGAUGCGUAUCGGUGCAGGAGGAAGUCUGGCAGUGGCCCGUCGCCCACGCCUGCGCCUACCGCGCCGGCGCCCGCGCCCACUGCCGCCCCGUCCCCGGCACCAGGGUCCUGCCCAGAGACCUGUUACAGCCGUACCUGCAACUUCUGGGUCCAGCAGGGGUACAGCUGUGAUGCCUUGACAAGCACGUAUCGUUGCGACUGUAGUGGGUGUUCUUCGUGCGCGUCAUCGCCAGCACCCACGCCAGCUCCCACACCAGCCCCGACGCCAGUGCCGACGCGUGCGCCCACGACAGCCCCCCAGGGGUACAGCUGUGAUGCCAUGACCAACACAUACAGGUGCGACUGUGGUGGAUGCUCUUUGUGCGCGUCACCGCCAGCACCCACGCCAGCUUCCACGCCAGACCCGACCCCAGUGCCGACGCGUGCGCCCACGGCAGCUCCCGCGCCAGCGCCCACGCAGGCACCCACAAAUGCACCAACGUCCUCGCCGACUCAGGUGUCGGGCUCAUGCCUAGAUACCUGCUACAACAACAAUUGUAACUUCUGGGUGCAGCAAGGGUACACCUGCAGUGCCCUGAUCAGUACCUACGGCUGCGAUUGUGGUGGAUGCAAUUCAUGUGCGUCAGUGUCGACGCCAGCACCGACAUCAUCUGCGGGCAGCUGCCCAGAGACGUGCUACAGCUACAACUGCGACUUCUGGGUCCAGAAUGGCUAUUCUUGUAGCACGCUCAGCACCACCUAUGGCUGUGACUGUAGCGGGUGCUCGUGCUCAUGA